ACAAUGACCAUGACCACGCUCCGAAUGAAAGGCUUGCAGUUGCAGACUUAUUAGCAAUGUCUUCUUCUGCCCGCCAAUGUCAUCUCAUCUCUAUCUAUUAUAUGCAUGUAUGUAUUAUAUACGUAUGUGUAUGGGCGUGCCCACACACACACGCCAGAUAUUCGCUCUCUCAAGUUGAGCUGCUGCAAUCCCCACCUAAUAUCCUCUCUCUCUCUCUCUCUCUCUGAUCAGUCUAUACGUCCUUCCAUUUAUCAACCACAAUUCCUCGCGCACUCCUUCAUUUGUUCCGCACUCAGAGAGGGAGAAAUUUUCAACUUCUCUGAACCUGCUAUUGUUCUGUGCGUUUGUUUGUGCGCAAAACGAUGCCGUUGGUGCGAGUGGAGGUGAGGAAUGAGUACGGAUUGGGAGCUCCAGAGAUGUACAUUGAUGCGAGCAACGAAGAGCCUAAGGAGAUUCUCCAAGGAGUCGCCGUCGCUGGUCUCGUCGGGCUCCUACGCCAGCUCGGUGAUCUCGCUGAUUUUGCAGCGGAAGUUUUCCAUGGCUUGAACGAAGAAUUGAUGGAAACAUGUUCUAGAAGCCGAAAGUUGAUGGAUCGUGUUCUACAGGUUGAAGCAGAAGUUGUUCCAGUUGAGAAAGCUGUACUGGCACAACCAAGCCACUUACACUUAGCUUAUACUGCUGGUGUCAACUGGCAUGUUCCAGCUCGAUGUCAACAAAAUCUUUUUGUAUAUAAUGACAUGCCUCUGUUUAUCUUGGAUUUCUAUGAAGUUUGCCGUAGCCCUCCACAGUUUCACUUGCUUGAUAGGUUUGACCCUGGUGGCCCUGGAUCUUGCUUGAAAAGGUAUUCAGAUCCAGCUAUCUACAACAUGACAUCAAAGUCAUCUGGUGAUGCAAGUACUGAGAAAGUUGCAAAAUAUAAGAAGUUAGAAAAGACUAAGAAACGAAGGUCAUGCCCGAUGAAUGGAGAAGUAUCACGAGGUGCAUCUUUUGCGUAUCUGGAUUCCAGAAUGCAGUCAUCCUCUAAUGUAGGUCGCAAUACUUCAUUUUGCCAACCAACAGAUUAUUCUGCAUUAAGAUCAGACCUGUAUGAACAGUCAAAUUCAGGCAAGAGAAAUGAAUUAUGCUAUAGUAAAGAUGAUAUGUGUUCAAGUUACUCAAUGCAAAGCCAAGAAGAAAAACUUAGAGGACUGUCAGCUCAAACGACUGGAGAUUCCUUGAAUCCAAGCAAUGCGAAAAGCAUAGGUUCUCGUGGAAACGAUGGAACUAUUGAUAACACGAAUAAAAAGCAUAUUCCCCACGGAGUAUCGUAUAAUUUCAGAGAUAAUGGUUCAGGGAUGCCAAUUAUUGGCAAUACAAAGAGCAAGAGCAGUCAUGAGCCUGAGAAACCCAUAGCAGAAAGUUCUAAAGUUACUUCAAUCACCUUCUGGAGUAAUGGUUGGGAGGAAGACUCCAGCCACGCUAGCUAUCUGAACUCAAAUGCUUUUGAGCAGAAAAAACAUCCAAACUGUGCAUAUCAAACAGUUCAUGGACGAAAUGAAGAUCUUUGCAAAGGUGUGUCUUUAAUGCAGCUGCCUUCUUCAUCACCUCCACUUGCUCACAUGAAAAUUUCGGUCCAACCAAUCGGUGGCUUUAGGACUUCAAAAAAGAAACUGAAAUUCAUGGAAGGCAUUAUUGAUCAUGGCAGCAUAGAUGUAUUACCUUCAUUUCAGUUAGUUCCAGCGGUUUCCAAGCUGAAUGUUGGUUCAGACUCAGAUGAUGACACAUUCCGUGUGUCAUCAUCACCUUCUCUAUCAGAUGACUUUCACAGUCAUCACUCUGAAUCAAGUUCUGAUCAGUUUGAGUCCAGUAUCCUAAAUCAGCCAUUCCAAAAUGAAAAAAGAAAAGAUACUUAUUCAAAUGAGCCAGAAUUUGCAACUGCUGCUGAUCCUCCUCCUCCUCUACCUCCUGUGCUAUGGUGGGCUACAGAAAACAGUCGUGAUGCGAUGCCUAAAGCCUCCAAUGAUGCUUCUGAUCUUAUGCAUGCAGCAUCUUCAAGUUCUCAGCAAGAUAAGCCGGCCCCCUUGAAUCAUGACCAAGAUUUGGAGACUGCAAAUGAGCAGCAAAACAAGCCAUUCAGUUCAGAGAAGUCAGAUGCCAAAGAAGAAGCUAAGGGGGGCAAGAACAUAGAUGAAAACAAUUUCCUCAACCAAAUUAGAACAAAAUUAAUGAAUCUGAGACCAACUGUGCCAUCAGGGACCUCUACGAAUGUCCAAGUAAUGACGAUUCUGGAAAAGGCAAAUGCGAUUCGCAAGGCUGUUGGAAGCGAUGAUGGAGGUAACUGCAGUGAUACCUGAUUCAAGACCCGAACGAUCAAUAUGGUAAUUUUUUAUUUUAAUUUUUUGUCGAAAAUGAAUGAUUGAGGAAGUAUAAUGCCAGAUUUAUUGGUAAAUAGAAGAUUAGUCAGUGCUAUAAAUGAGGGACUCCACGGUCUCAAAAAAAAGAAAGAAAAGGAACUCCACUUAUUUAGCAAUAUUUGAUGUGGCUUGUUUAAAUGCACAGUAAAAAGUUAGCUUUCCUCUA